ACGACAACCACGCAGCUUUCAAUUUUCGUUUAUAUAAUUCUGCUUCCCUCCACAAAAUCGAUCUGUAUCUAUACUUCUUGCUGAGAUUUUUGAACACAUUGCAGGUUUUUUUGUUACUAAACGCACUUCGGGGUUGCGGUUUGUUUAGAAAUUGUUGUAGUCGAAAGCUAGGGGGGCCCUGUGAAUUUGUUCUCGUGCUGACUUAAGCUCGAUUUACUGCUGAUCUGGGGUUGUGGUCAUCAGUUUGAGUGAGGGACAAGGAAGUGUGAAGUAUUAUUUACGCGAGGAUGAUGAGAGGAGGAUUUUUCGAUAACAUGUGGGAUCCUUACAGCGGUGCGUAUAGGUAUCCUCGGGUUCAGCCGAGACCGCGGUACAAUCGCCCACGAGCUCCCGUUUAUAAUCAGUACGGUCCUUCGAUGGCACCGGAGUACAAUUUUGCUCCUGUGGUUGAAGAGCCUAUGAGUAGAAAGGCAGCUCGGACAAUCCCCGUUUCAGAUGGAAAUGUUCCUGUAGCUGUGUCGCAGAAAGCUCCGCAAGCAGAGGUUAAGCGAACUGCUGCCCCACAGGCGAGGCGGGUGGUGUCGAGAUUUAAGAGUGAGGAUACUGCCGCCAAGAAGAUUCAGGCCGCGUAUCGUGGUUAUUCUGUGCGCAAGACUCAGCCUCUCAAACACCUGAGGGAAAUUAAGAAGGUCAGGGAAGAGCUCGAGAGUCUUAAGCGGAAGUCCAAAGAGGAAGAACAGAGGAAGAAGCUGUGUAGUGACCCCCAGGAAAGACUGAGGUGGACAGAGGGUAUUAUGUUGAUGUUGCUGCGUUUGGAUUCACUACAAGGCGUGCAUCCAGAAGUCCGAUUCAUACGCAAGGGGUUGACGAAGGAGUUGCUGGGCUUCCAAGAGAUAAUCGAUUCGAUGACUGUAUCUGGAGAGGCGGAAGGUAAACAAGAUGAUGGCAUUUCGGAGAAGCCCGACACUUCUGAUACGGUGAAAGAAAUGGCAAUUGAUGGUCUCACAGAUUCUACUAAUGCAGAAGGUGAAGAGAAAAUGGAAGUCGAGGGAAGAAUUUCUGAUGGAUUAACUGGUGUUCGAAAUGAAGCAAGCGGUACGGUCACCUUUGAACCCCAACAAUCAGUGAUGCAAAAUAUCGAACCUCAUGAAGCGAGUGAAGAGGUUGAAAAUGAAGCCAACAGGAUCAACGUCACUGAGCAUCGAACUCCUGGGAAGCAUGUACACCAGGUACAUUCGGACGAUUCUAAUAAAAUUGACAAUUCAGUUAUUAAGAAUGCUAAUGAUCAGAGAGAAUCCCUUGCUGGAGAGAGCAUCAUUGAAGGAGUGAAAUCUGUUUUGAGACCAAGCUCUAUUGAGGCUGAUGUUGAGGUUCCAAUGGCUGUAGAGGAGGCACAAACCUCAGCGCAAACAUUAGCAAUGGAUUCUCUUGCCCCCGCCAUGAAAGAUGAGCUUGAAACGAUGUUCAAUUCCUCCCAAUCUGUACCAUACACGAAUAUUGAACGUGUACAUCAAGAGCCUUCUUCAGUGGAUGACACUGUCACAACGUCGCCUUCAAGUGGCAUUACCCUGGAACCAAUGUCGAAGGGUUCUUUAGUCGCUCCUGCUAAUCACAAUGAUGAUGGGAAGCUGUUGGAUCCGGUUGACGACGUGGAUGCAGAUAAAGAAGCGGAGAAGCUGCCAGGUGAAGCAGAAAACCUAUCACCGAAUGAAACGGAAAAUGCUAUUCAUGAGGCUAAUCCCGAGGACUGUGAAUCCCUGAAAGGAGAGGGUGUUACAGGAUCUUCGGCUCCAGGUGAUGAGUGGAAAUUGAUUCCGCUCAUCAAUCAAUCCAUGUCCCUAGAAACACAAUGUGUCGAGAAUUCGGAAGUAGGACAGCCACAGGUCUCAACUGCUGACGAUGGUACCCCCUUGUCAGAACGUGAGCUGUUGCUACAGCUGUUGGAGGAAAACCGAAAACUCAAGGAUGUUGUCGGAAAAGUGUUGCAUUGGGGUAAACAGCAGAACGAUGUUAUUCACAGCUUAGCUACCCGAAUUGAACAAUUAGAGAGAUCUCAACUUCAAUCAAACCUGUUGGAAGGAGAAAAAUACAAGACCAGGAAAAGAAUAAGUAAUGAUGCAUCAUAUGUUGGCGAUAGAGACAGACCUCGUCGAAAGGCAGAGAGAGGUGGCAGGAGGAAUACCAGGCAUCUUAAUUAUGGCAAUUUAGAAGAAUGGCCCUCUGCUGAAUCAGAUGAAUUCUUUUAGGUUUCAUAAGCCAGAUUUCGUAGAUGCCCACAAUGUAUAUAACCAUAUGCAUAUUAACAUGCAAAUUAUACAUGAUCUCAUUGGUUUUCAUUCUAACCA